AUUCGAGACAUAGUCAAAUAAUUGAGCAAUUAAUUAAACAGCCAGCGAGGAGAAGAAAGAAAUAGAAAAAAAAAGUAUAGAAGCAGUGGAGGAAGAGGAGGAAAACAGAGGUAUUACUCGCAUGCUAGGGGUUAAGCGGUUGGUUACUCGAACGUUUCGGGGUUUCGGAGUAUAAAAGGCCACAAAUCAUUGACGGGCAGCAUCAUUAGCCCGACAACUGAAAAGCACUCAAGAUGCGUCUAUUUUUGACCCUUUGCACUCUGAUGGCCCUCGGCCUGGCCAAGCCCCAGCAGGGCUACAACUAUGGCAGCGGACUCUCUGGCACUCUGACCCAUAGUCAGAGCUCCCAGGGAGGCGGCUUCCUGAGUGCCCCCAGCAACACCCAGAGCUCUGUGGCCUAUGGGCCCCUGGGCGCCUUCCAGAGCGCCAGCGUUGGCUCUCUUGUCGGCAGCUCCGGCGGUGUGGCAGCCGCUCCUCAGGUUAGCGGACACUUUGGCGGCGGCGGCGGCGGCGGCUACAGCAGUGGCUCCUCUUCCUCGAACUUUGGGGGCGUCCGAACAGCCUCCUCCAACUAUGGCGGCUCCUCGGGCGGCUUCACCGGCUUUGGCCCCACCCCGAACAUCGGCUUUGGCGCCCUCUCGGGCUACCAGGCACCGUCCUACCAGCAGCAGCAGGAGCAGGAGGUUCAGCGUGGCUUCCAGGAGCCCAUCAUCCACAAGCAGUUCUUCACCGUCGCCGCACCCGAGGAGCACGAGAAUCUGGAGCGGGCCAAGCAUCUGGUGAUCGGUCGCCCGCAGAAGAACUACCGCGUGGUGUUCAUCAAGGCCCCAUCUUCGAGCAAUGCCAAUGUGAAGCUCUCGGCCGAGUACGCACCCAAGGAGGAGAAGACGGUCAUCUAUGUGCUGUCCAAGAAGGAUAACCAGCUGGAGGUCAACGACAUUGCCACACCCGCACCCACAGUGCCCAGCAAGCCGGAGGUCUUCUUCAUCAAGUACAAGACGGAGGCGGAGGCGUCUCAUGCCCAGCAGCAGAUUCAGGCCGAAUACGACAGGAUCGAGGGCACUUCGGAGCAUUCCGAUGGCGGCGUGGCUCCUGCCCAGUCUGUGGUCGGCAUCCUGGAUGGCGGUGCCCUUGGCUCUGCCAGCAGUGGCAGCUCCCAGUAUGCUGCUGGUGGCGGCUCUUCCUCCGGCGGCUCUGCUGGUGGGUACACCUCCUCCACUGGCGGCUCAGCUGUCGGCUCAAUUGGUGGCUACACCUCCACUGUGUCGGGUGGCAGCUCUGGCGGCCACAAAAAUGCCCAAAGUGCCACCUAUCUGCCGCCCAAUGGCAAAUAGGAAGCCAAAUCGAACCAAUAUAAUGAUAAACUCCCUUCUUUUUUUUUUGUACACAAAGUCCCCAAAAUAAAC